CGUGAACGUUACUGAUUGAUGACUACUUGAUGUCUUGUAAAAAGUCGGCAUGAAAUAUUUGAAAUUCGUACUGUUCACAUUCAACUUGUUAAUAUGGUUGGCCGGGUGUACGGUACUGGUAAUAGGAAUAUGGCUGCUGCUGGAGCCAAGCAAGGGGCACCUCUUAAAUCUUUUCGUACCUGACGCCACGCCACACGAGACUAUUAACUUAAUAGCUUACAGUUUAUUGGGCCUCGGUUUCACGGUGCUCACGGUCGGUUUCUUCGGAUGCCGUGCCGCGUUACACGGAAAUCAAUGUAUUCUAGCUACCUACAUGAGCAUGCUUGUAGCUCUGAUCGUCACAGAGCUGGUCACUGCCGCGGUCGGUGGACUGAUGACCUUUCGAAUACUUUCUGGGUUAGAAGAGAGACUAAUUAGCAAAUUGGCCGACGACUAUGGCCACGAACCGACCAGCGAUAUCCCUUUCAGCCAUAGUCUCGACUUUGCACAAUAUAAGUUUAAUUGCUGUGGAAUACAUGGCUACGGAGACUACAAUGGUACGGCCUGGUGGAGAGACGCGCAAAUUUCGGGGAACAGAAGGCAGGUCCCUCUCACGUGCUGCGUUUUAAAAAAUAUCGAGGUAAAAAAUACCGGAAGUCCAAUGAGCGUCGUCUCAAGGGUGUUUCACAAAAAUACUGAGAAACCAUGGUUACAUCCGAAACCAAAGGACGAGACGGCGUGUCAAGUGGAAGAUAAAGAAGGACAUGAUGGAUUUCGUCAUAAAGAGGGUUGCCUCAGUAAAGUCACCGGUUGGCUGCAGUGCGAGAGUUUGACAUUAGUAUUUCUGGGGAUGGCGAUGGCUGGUAUACAAACAUUCGGUAUAAUAACAUCGGCGUUCCUUUGCCGAACGAUAAGAGACAUGCAAGUGGACUGA